AUGACUGAAAACGAACCCGAACCCAAUCGGGACUACGACCUCUCAACCCCUAUCACAUCCACCUCCGGCCUACGCCAAGGCCUAACAUCCUACGGAGACGCCCAUUUCUCUCUCUUCCUCCGCAAAGUAUUCAUCAAAGCCUUAGGUUAUUCCGAAGACGCCCUUUCACGGCCCAUAAUCGGCAUCAUCAACACAUUCUCCGGUUUCAACCCCUGCCAUGCCAAUGUGCCUCAGCUUAUCGAGGCCGCCAAGCGCGGCGUGCAUCUGAGUGGCGGGCUGGCGGUCGAAUUUCCUACUAUUAGCGUCCAUGAAUCGUUUUCUCAUCCGACGAGCAUGUUUUUGCGGAAUUUGAUGAGUAUGGAUACUGAGGAGAUGAUCAAGGCGCAGCCUUUGGAUGCGUGUAUUAUGAUUGGAGGCUGUGACAAGACUGUCCCUGCGCAAUUGAUGGGUGGAAUCUCGGCUAAUAAGCCGAUUCUACCGCUGAUCACCGGUCCAAUGUUACCCGGCAGUCAUCGUGGUCAGAGAAUUGGAGCAUGCACGGACUGCCGUAACAACUGGGCAGCAUUCCGGGCAGGUGAAAUCGACGUUGAGGAGAUUUCCGCUAUCAAUGAAGAGCUUGCACCAACGAUCGGCACCUGCGGCGUCAUGGGAACAGCCAGCACCAUGGCAUGUGUCACUGCGGCGCUAGGGAUGAUGCCUCUUCGAGGGGCAUCUGCGCCAGCCGUGUCCUCUGCUCGACUACGAAUCGCAGAGGAAACGGGUGCAAAUGCAGUAGCUGUUGCAAAAGCUCAUAGGAAGCCCCAGGAGAUACUGACCAAGGAGUCCUUCUUGAAUGCAAUCACGGUGCUGCAAGCGAUAGGUGGAUCGACAAAUGCUGUUGUUCACCUAUUAGCAAUUGCCAACAGGCACCCGGAUCUGCAAGGCGUGAUAACCCUGCAAACCAUUGAAGAGAUUGGCAGGAAGACUCCCCUGUUGAUCGAUCUCAAACCUAGUGGAGAUAAUUAUAUGAACGAUUUCCAUAAUGCGGGGGGUAUGUUGGCGCUGCUACAAGUUCUCAGGCCGUUGCUUCACCUAUCUGCAAAAACCAUCAGUGGUCAGACUCUGGGGGAAGUUCUGGAUGCAGCUUCAUCCAAGAGACUUUCCUUUGAGCAGCAUAUCAUCCGGCCACUUUCGAAUCCCCUUUAUCCCGCGUCUUCGCUGGCCGUCCUUUACGGCAAUCUUGCUCCCAACGGUGCAGUGGUCAAGGCUUCCGCAUCAAAAUAUCGAUCAUUACUCUCUCACACCGGCUCAGCAGUGGUAUUUGAGAAUUCCGCCGAUCUCGCCCUCCGUAUUGACGAUCCCGAUCUUCCAGUCACCAAGGACAGCGUGUUAGUUCUCAAAGGCAUUGGCCCAAUUGGCAACCCGGGCAUGCCCGAAGCAGGGCUGAUUCCAAUCCCGAAGAAGCUGGCUGCUGCGGGUGUGAAGGAUAUGCUGCGCUUGUCUGAUGGACGUAUGUCGGGAACUGCGGGGGGUACUAUUAUCCUCCAUAUCUCGCCUGAAGCAGCGCUGCCAGAGUCACCGUUCGGAGUAGUCGAGACGGGUGACUUGAUUACCUGCGAUCUUGAGAAUCGAAGACUUCAUCUCGAUGUUUCAGAUGAAAUUCUACAGACUCGAAUCGCGAAACGAAAGCAGGCUUUGGAAAGUGAAUUAGGGCCGGUUCGAGAAAGACAGCAAAGAAGAGGGUACCGGGGUUUGUAUGAGCGAUCGGUGAACCAGGCGCAUGAGGGAACGGACUUUGACUUUCUUACUGCCAACGGUGGCUCAGGUCAGUAA